GCCUUCUGUGUAGUGUAAGGUACAGGGCUUUGUUCCUGAAUCUAAGGGUGAUAAGUUUAAGUUGUAUUGGUUUUACUAUGUUUCAGUGACACAAUGGAUUUUGGUAACAGAGGGAGAACCCGCUGCAACAUGAGGCUCACCUACUCUCUGUUAGUCAUGGGAAUGUUCUGUGUGACACCAUCCCUCUGCCAUAGCCAGAUUGAUCCACUGACUCUUGGGCGAGCAGACCCUCAGUGCUGGGAAUCAUCCUCAGCUGUCUUACUGGAGAUGAGGAAGCCUCGCAUUUCUGACUCUGUCAGUGGCUUUUGGGACUUCAUGAUCUUCUUGAAAUCAUCAGAAAACUUGAAACACGGGGCUCUGUUCUGGGACCUGGCUCAGCUAUUCUGGGAUAUCUAUGUGGACUGUGUGCUCUCCAGAACCCACGGCCUAGGAAGAAGACAGCUUGCAGAAGCUCAGCAGAGGAUCACUACUCUACCUUCUCAGUUCACAGGGCGAAACCAAGGUUACUACUCCUUUAACCAAGGGAUGUUCGCUUAUAUUCAGAGGUCACCUGUUCUGAGGAAGAAAGACUUGUUUGAAGAUUUAAUAAAAAACCACAAGCAUAAGAGUAAAUCUACGUUACUUGGAAGAAUCAUUGGAAGCUAGGGAAAAAGAGGAAAUGACGCGCUUAAUCCAAGAUUCAACUUGUAGAUUUUUUUUAAAACUAUUUCUCUUCAAUUUUUGCAUUUUAAGUCUCACUGAUGUUAAUUUACAGGUGUACAAAUGCCUAUAACUAGUACUGUAUCUGAUUAACUUCUGGGUUGUUGCUUUGUUUUUGUGUUGUUUUUUUCUUAAGUGCCUAUGAAUUUAGUCUCCCUAAUAAAUGCAUGAUUUAUAAGCAAUUGCCGACUUCAAUCUGAAUGUAUAUCAGGCUUUUUGUAACGCAUGUGACCUAUUCAAACUAUUUUCUUUGCCAAAAGUGCCAAAGCAGGAAAAAACUAGUCCUCUGAUGAGACAUUGACAAACAGGGCAUGAAGUUGCCCGAAACCUCCCCCGUUGUCACUGCUGCACACACAUACAAAACAGCCACUGCUGAAAGACAUCAUCCUACUAAAGAAAAGUAGUACUUUUUUUUUUUCUAUUAAAAAUAUCUCCAAAGGACUUUGAAGUUUACCAGCAAAAAGUAAAAUGAAAGACUUUAAUAGGUGUCACCAGCUCCUCUCUUUGCUUUCAUAGGACAUUUUUAUGGUAUUUCCUUAGAUUUCUAGUUAGACAAGUGCUUCAUAAAAUGUAACAUAUUCUCACAAAGUAUUUAAACAAAGGAAUUCUCAUACAUGACUUAAAAUUGCUUCGCUUCUUUCUUUUAGCUUGCAAGCUGUUUGUAACCAAGUCAGUUUCCUCUGACCGUUACUGAUAACUCUCAAAGGCAAUUUGAUGUUAUAAUAAUAAUAAUAUAUAUUAUAUUAUUGAUUAUUAUACCAUUAAUGUACCGGAUGUAUGCAAAUACAAAAUCCAGCUUUCCAGGGUAGGUCUAUUUAGUCGCUCAGUCAAAGCUUCUUUCCUUGAGCAUAUGGCAAUAUUUGUCUUUUCCUUCACAAAAUAUCCAAAUCAAAACUCAUUUGCAGAAGCAUUGUAGGUGUUCAGCAACUUGUAGAAGUAGGUUCAAGUAGAAAAAUGUGUAAAUGAAAUCUUGACAUGGCUAUUGGACCUGAAGAAAAUAAAUGUUAUUCAUCAUCCCAUUGGAUGGAAUCCUGAUUUUACAAAAGCAGACAGCAAACCUCAAGAAGCCUC